GCCAGAGUUUAAGUGGAGAUCUAUUCAGCUGCUGUUCUCCGGGCUGUGCGAAAGUGCUGCAAUCACUUGUCAAGGUUUGUGCUGUGAAGACCACUCCAGCUGAAGACUCCUGCUCUCUUCAGACUGCACGAAAACAUUCAUAACACCUGUAGUCUACCUGGCAGAAGGCUGAAUGAUGAAUUUGGCAUGGGCUCAUUUGUUAUUUGCUGUCACCUUGUGGUCAUUGCCAUGCACGACAGCAUCACUGGCGGUCAACAGCUCACCAGAUGAGGUUUCCAUUGUGGCUCCGCUGAACGUGAGGAACAGCAGCGACAUCAGUGCAUCUCGAGCACGACGGAAACGCUACAUCUCCCGCAGAGAUAUGAUGGCAAUACUGGAUUAUCACAACCGCGUUCGCUCACAGGUCUUUCCACCAGCAGCCAAUAUGGAAUACAUGGUGUGGGAUGAGAGACUGGCUAAAUCUGCAGAGUCUUGGGCUUCUCAGUGCAUGUGGGAUCAUGGACCACCCCAUAUUUUGCGGCAUACAGGACAGAACUUGUCCAUCAUCUCUGGAAGGUACAGAUCAGUCAUUGAGCUGGUACGAUCCUGGUACGAUGAAAGACACUCUUUCUCCCACCCCAACAGAUGCAGUGGAGUUGUUUGUUCACACUAUACCCAGAUGGUGUGGGCCAGCAGCAAUAAGAUUGGGUGUGCUAUCAACAGGUGUUCAAACAUAUAUGUGUUUGGGAGUAUGUGGAAACAAGCCACCUUAUUGGUUUGCAACUAUUCUAUCAAGGGUAACUGGGUAGGAGAGGCUCCAUAUAAGUCAGGAAAACCAUGCUCUGCAUGCCCUUCAAGUUAUGGAGGUUCAUGCAAUAAAAACCAGUGUGACUCUAGAUCAAAAUCCAGAAAAAACGUAAAUGAUUUCAAAAGCUUAUAAAUUGUUCACAAUCAGCAAGAAACAUAAAAAAAAAAAAGUUCUUCCAUUAUUAUAAAUCAAAUCAUUUAAAGAAACAUCUUUUACAAAUGAGCUAUAACUAUAAGGUACAUAUUUCACUUUAUGGUGUAAGGUGUAUGCAUGUUUAUUAAAAAUGUUCUUAUAUACAGUAAUAGAUAACCACUAAAACAUACAUUUUAUGAUGCGUUUCUUCAAGAAGCAAAUUAUUCAGUGGAUAUCUUAAACAACUGAACAGCACUGAACUGCUGUAAAAUGUGCAAUGAAUCAAAAGUUGGUCCAUUGAUCACUAAUGACCACAUUAAGUCAACUGUUGUGUCAUCAACCCUUAUUUCUGAUACAUUUUGUAUGUUUCUUUUUAUCUUCUUUGUGUUGUUUUCAUGUUCAUCGUUUUUCUUUUCCAAUGCCAUGGACUGUUUGCACUGUUUUACCUAUCUGUUUUGCUGUUAAUUGUAUCGCAAUGACAAUUCACAUUGAGAGUUAAGCACUUUCUUUUAUUCUGCCUUUUUGUGCAGGUAAUAAACUUUCUUUAGAUU